AUCUAAUGAGGGUUUCCACCUUUAACUAGGCCAGAACUGAGGCUCUAGGUGUUAUUUGUUAAAUUCAAUAACAGCAUUUUAUGCUAUUAUUUUGACAUAAUAUGGGUGUGUGAGAUUGUUUUUUACUUGCAUUGAAUUAACAACAAAGGGUAUUUGUGUUCUAGAAAGGUGUAACAACUGCAUAAGUAUGCAAAAAAACAAAACCACAGAGUGAAACUCUCCUGUCCAAAAAAAUGUGAAGCUCAAUACAUGUGCAAAAGCACACAGAGCAGGAUGAGUGCAUGCUGCGUAGGUAAAGGAAAUGGAAACCACAAGUAUAAGAAUGAACAUGAUUGAAGAGCACAAUGAGAAAGUGACAAAAAUUAGUGUUCAGUCGAGUGAUUUGGAUGGUAACUGUAAGGAUAAGACUGAAUGAAUUUAUAUUUUGAGACCGUCUGUGACAUACCUGGCUUGUGUUUAAGAUGGAUUCAGCAUACCUGAGAAAGACGGCUUUGAUCCUUUACAUGUUGGUAGUUUUCAUCCUGCAUGUGAGCGCUGAUACACAAGGUCAUGCCCCCAAAUGUCCUUUCUUGAAAGUUCCGAGAGGGACUGUCCAUAAAGUUUUCACAAACCAGAUUUUCAAGAUCUCCUGCAAUCUCACGUAUUGUGAUGAUCAGACAAUCAAUGUGACAUGGACUAAAGUAACUUUAGACAAAUGGAUUCCAGUAUCUGAAGCAGAUCAAAUGUCAACAUCACAGAGCUAUUCACCAUCCGGUCCGAAGAUGUCAACUUCAUAUUUAACUUUCACAAAUAUAUCAAAGCUGCAUGAAGGCUCUUACAGAUGUGAACUAAAGUUACCACACCUCUCUGUGCAUAGCCAUCAUAUAAAUGUUUCUGUCUCAGAUAACAUCCUGGAAGAUGAAAAAAGAGACAUCAGUGAUAGCAGCUCUGGUUCAUAUCCAUGGUGGCUGCCGUAUCUCUUCAUCUGUCUGGGUGCAGUGAUUCUGGUUCUGACAGUAAUGCUUAUCUUGAUCCUGUGUAUUAAUGCAUUUAAAAGUUCAAGAAGAAAGAACACACAGAGAUCGCAGGUUCAGUAUACAGCAGCAUCUGUCAUGUCGUCAUCAAGGCCCAGUGUUCUGAAGCGUGAUGAAUUUAUCUGUGUCCAGAACUCUGAAGAAACACAGCAGCACUCUCAUAACAGCAAAACAUGCAAUUUAACAUUACAACCCGGACAGUCCACAUCACACAUGUCAGACUGUAGUGAUGAUCCUUUGUCUAACAGGAAAGAUAGCAGAUCAAGUCAGGUUGUAUAUGCAUCUCUGCAUCACCUCGCUCCAACACCAUCAUCUAGCACAUCUCGUCAGACACAGGAGGAGUUUUCAGAGUAUGCAUCUAUCCGGGUCUCCUGAUUUUCUGUCUGCAUAACUGGAUAAGGUUAAACAACAUUUUCAAGUCUUCAAACUGAAACAGUGAGGCAGUUUUGGGCAACCAUACAGUACUGUUAAUCUAUUCUCUCGAACAGGAAGCAGGAGAUGUAUGUAUGUUUUCACACUGAGUACAAAUCAUCACAUGGUUUACUUUCCUCAUUACAUCACGGAAAAUCAUUGCUUGUGAGUUCAGUGAGGUUUCUACAGCCUAAGUGAAACUCACACCACUAAUCACAUGUGUCUGAUGCAACACACCCAUAUGCUGGAGACUAGUCUAAGUGUUAUGCACUAACAUUAAAAAUUAAUGUUUCUAAGAUAUUAGAUAUAGAUAGUGAUUAUAUUUACUUAAGUAUUUUUGAUGUGGACAAAUCUAAACUGAUAAUGUUUUAUAUAUAUUUUAUUAAAUCUGUUUUAACUUUU